AAACCUGGUCAUACUGACAAAAAGAAAACAAUUCACAUUUUUUGGAAGAAUAUUAUUUAAAGCAUUUAAUUAACGUUUUUUAAGCUCAAAGCUAAACCAACAUAAUGGCCGCCCUGGCCAGCUUGACCGCCCAGUACACGGAUUCGGAAAAUGAGGGAGAGGCCAGUCCGGAUUCCCAGAAUUCUACAGCGUCCCAGGUAAUCAUUCCGCCCAAGCGACCCACGCCAACACCCACCAAACAGGAUUCGGAAACGAAGCGAUCCAAGCAAAAGAAAAAGAAGCACGCCAAGAAGGUGCGACGAUUGGUCAGCUACCAGGACGACACCUUGAUUUCCGACGAGGAGGAAGACCGUGCAGCAGCCGUCUCGAGCGAGGAGGAUUCCAGUACCUCCAGCGGCAGUGAUAGCUCCGACUCUGAGGGCAGCGACACCCCCAAGGCCAAGGAUAAGAGCAGUACGGGCAACGGGGCCAAGGAAACUGACACUCCCAUGGAGGUCGAUGAAGAAACGGAAGGUUUUGCACAUGAAGAACGAACCGCGGAGAGCUACGAGAAGGAUCCCAAGUACGCCAAGUACAAGUUCCAGCUGCCACCAGAGCCCAAGGGAAAGCCAUCCGCGGAACUGGUGGCCAAGAUUACCAAAAUGUACACCAAGAUGCGGCAAACUAAUAUGGAUAUGAACCGGGUGAUCCAGGACCGCAAGGAGUUCCGCAAUCCCAGCAUCUACGACAAAUUGAUCAGCUUCUGCGACAUCAACGAGUUUGGCACCAACUAUCCGCCGGAGAUCUACGAUCCCUUGCAAUGGGGCGAGGAAUCCUACUAUGAGGCAUUGGCGGCGGUCCAGAAAACGGAGAUGGUGAAGCGCCAGAAGGAUCGCAAGGACAUGGACAAGGUGGAGCAGGCCACAGCGCUGGCCAGGAAGGUUGAAGAGGAGGCCAAAAAGCGGAAAUCCAAAUGGGAUCAGCCGGCUCCGUCUUCAACCGUGGUAAAACCCACGCUUCCGGCCUUGACCACCACAGUUACUGGCACCAAGGGAACCGUCAUAUCCGCAUUUGGCUCUCUGCCUAAAAGCCAGCCGCUUAGUCAUAAAUAAACUUGUAUAAUUUAAUAAU